CCCCCUAAGGGUCAUAAGAGACAACUUUGAAAAGUCAAACCAAGCUCAAUAUGCAAUAUUAUGGUGUAAGGGGGACAACUCCUCCCGCUGUUACAAUACAUUGUCUCGAAAAUCACACCUAGUAUCAGGUCACAUUUGAUUGAAAUAACAAAAGAGAUUGCACACAUGUUUUCAGAUAAAUGCCUAAUGGUCAAACUGUGAAAAGAAUCUCUUUCAUCCUGGAGUGUUGGCUUGAUGGUACAGAUCUGAAGAGAGUCGCACAAAGUUGCUUCUAAUGAGAUACAAGUACAUACCUGCACAAACCAGAUCACGUGAUCUACCUAACACGACAGGCGACGAGCGGGUUGUAGUUAUUCCAGGAAUCAGGAAGAGAGGCGACUUCAGAGAAGAGAGCUCCACGUUGUAAUAGAGAUGGCGACCGCUAAGAAUCUGACAGAGAACCACCUCACCUGUGUCAUCUGUUCUGAGGUGUUCACAGACCCUGCAACACUUCAGUGCCAUCAUACAUUCUGCAAGUCCUGUCUGCUGAAAUACACCUACACACAGCCGGAAGCAGUACAAGCCGGGUCCAUCCCAUGUCCCUCCUGUAGAAAACUGACGAAUGUGACCAACCCUGACAGUCCAGUAGAGGAGUGGGUCAGUCAGCUGAAACCAAGCCACGUCAUACAGGGGCUGAUGGAUGACUUUGGACCCGACACAAAGGCUGUGGAGGAAAACUUGUGCAGUGUUUGUACAAAACAAGGAAAGACAACUCCCGCCACUUCUUGGUGCUCUGUCUGCGAUGUUGUGUACUGUGAAGGAUGUCUCCAGUUGCACAACAUGAUGCCAGUGUUGUGUGACCAUGAAGUAGCUCACUUGUCUGAUCACACCAAAACAAAGGCAAAGCGGCGCUUCAUGUGUCAAGUCCACAGAGACAAACCGAUAGAGUUGUUCUGUAAAGACUGCAAGCGGGCAAUAUGCACGAUAUGCUGCAGUAUAAAACACAGGGCAUGUAAGGAUGUUGAUACAAUAGAGAGCACCACCCCUCUUGUGAAGGAACAACUGACAAACAAAAUAGAGCAGCUCAGAAUCAACAUGGCGGCUACUAAUAAUAACAUAACCCGGAGAAAAUCUACAAUUCAAGAUGUGAAGAGUAAUUCACAGGACGUUAAAGAUCAAGUCAUGAAGACACGGGAAACAGUGAUGCGUGCUAUUUUAAGAAAAGAGAAGCAACUCCUUGAUGCCAUCGACAAAGCUUCUGGUGAACAAUUACAUGAGUUACAAGCAGAUAUAAAAUCCCAGGAGAUCGAGCUACAGAUGUACCAGCAGCAGUAUGAGUUCACAGCCAAUGCUGUGACGUCCAACUGUGAGAUGGACAUGUAUGCCGUCUAUGAGUCGAUGGGUGAGACGUCUACAGACAACAGAGACACGGACACCAGACCAGCAGCAGGAAGGGUUAUAUUCACACACGACCUGGACAAGCUGAGUAAAGCAGUUGAUGAGCUACAGCUGGGGGAGGUUGAAGUUGUCCAUGAUGUGAGUGACCUUGAGUCUUCUCCUGUUCUACAUCACACCAUUGACUGCAAGGAAGAUGGGGACGUGAAGGAUUCUUCGGUGCGUGACGUCACAGUGUUGACUGUUGAUGGCAUCAAAGUUGUGGUAGUUGCAGAUUACAAUAACAAGAGACUCAAAACAUAUUACACAUCAAACUUCAAAUGUUUUCAUAAUCAGCUCCUGCUUUCUAGUGAGCCUUGGCAAAUAGCCAAGUUAAGUGAGAGUCAGAUAGCGGUCAGUGUUCGAGACAGUCAGGAAAUAGUUACAGUGAAUGUUACCCCAGGCCCUGUAUUGCUGUCAACUAUCAAAACAAGAAAGAAGUACUGGGCUCUAGCCUGUCUGAGUCCUUCACAGCUGGCGGCAGGUACAUGGGGACAGUCUCACUCUGUGGACAUACUCGACAUGGCAGGGAGGAUACUGAGGUCUAUCAACACGGGGGUGAUAGGGACUCCAGACUACAUCCACGUCACCAGAAACAACAACUUGCUAGUCAGUGAAGCUGCAGUAAAAUCCCUUGUAUGUGUGACCAGUGAAGGGGACGCUGUUUUCACCUACACUCCAACAGGAGUCAGAGCUCUGACAUGUCCUCGGGGUGUCACAACAACCAGCACAGGAGAUAUCCUGCUUGUAGACAAAUACUCCCGCAAGGUGAUUCAGCUGACAGAGUCGGGGCAGUUUGUCAGAGAUGUCCUCACACAACAGGAUGGUCUUAAAUGUCCUCGUGGUGUCUGUCUUGAUGCUGACGGCCUGCUGUAUGUUACGUCUGACAGAUAUGUAAAAGUAUUCAAAUUCUGCAAGCGCUGAAUGUAGAAAUAGAAAUAACUUUGAUCUCCAUACACAGUUGAAUAUUUCGAAAGUUGCUUUAGGUCAAGAUCGGAUCCAGUUCUUCCCUUACACACGUAGUUCAUCACGUCAUUGAUUAAAUAAAGGUCGACCUAGCACCAGUAGAAGUCUGCCCUGAUAGAAGUACUUCUCAAGUAGACCUAGCACCAGUAGUAAUCUGACCUGAUAGAAGUACUUCUCAAGUAGACCUAGCACCAGUAGUAGUCGGACCUGA